GGGUAUGGGUACCUGCGAUGAGAAAUCAACGGACCUUAACCGAUUUGCCCCUCGAAGUCCUCGAUAUAAUAUUUAAGAACUUACGAAAUCUGAGAGACAAACUUCGACUGGCGCAGGCCCAUGAAUAUCUGGGACAAGCGUUUUCCUACCACAGCGGCAGUGAUUACAGGAGGUUCUCCCCAAAAAUACAUUUUCCGGUUCGGCUAUAUCGUGUUCUGUUGGCGGAAUGUGGUCCGUCAAUUGUGGAGUUCACCUGUGGGUCGGACACUUGGAGUGAUCUGCUGGCCAAAUCGAUAGCGAAGAACUGUCCCAACCUGGAAUCGGUCAACAUUAGUGUAACAUUGAGGAACAGUAACAGCGUUCACUCCUUUCUGCUCAACAUGGCGAAAUCUUUAAUUUCGGUCGAAUUAAAACUCAACGACAGUUGUCAAUCGCCGAGGAUCCUCAAUGCCGUGGCAGAACUGAAAAACUUGAGAAAAUUGUUGUAUGAAGGAUACAUUGACAGAGGAGUAAACCAGCUGCACAAACUUGUUGCUCUUGAAGAGCUGAGACUCGACUAUCAAGGAAGGGGAUACAGAUGCAGAGCGGUUAAUCUCCUCCAGAUUUGUGGACAGAUGACAAAUCUCCGGUGUUUGACUGUGAGCAAUAUUUGUAUAUCUCCACCAGAUGGGUUUCACCCCAUGAUAUGGCCAAACUUAAAAGAUUUAAAAAUGCAGAACUGCGAAAUCUCCACAGCAUUACCCGAUUGUCCAAAGCUUAAAACCCUUUAUAUAAAGUUUUGCAAAUGCCGAAUAAGAGGUUACGUCUGCAGCUUUAUUUUGAAGAAUGGCAAGAAUAUAGAGGAAAUAGACGAGAGUUGUGAACCGGCACCAUUCGAUGGGCCCAGUUUCCUUCAAGUGAUACGAAGCUGUCAGAAACUGCAACUAUUUUCCACUCCCUUGGGUGGUAUUAGAAUCUACCAAGCAUUUGUUACCUCCUUAGUGGAUAUUCUUAAGGUUAAUGCAGCGACGCGAAAGGAACCUUUUGAACUGAUAUUGUACUGCCGAGAUAAGCUAAGAUGGCUUCGACGAUUUCUACAACGGACAUCUUAUCCUGAAGUGAUCCAUACGCUUUACCUCUACAAAUUCUGAUGAUUGUAAAAUUUAUGAUUUCAUUUUAUUCCAUUUUAAUAAUAAAAUACCUAUACAUGUUUUUUAAAAAAUUGUAAAGCUUAAGAAAUACCUUAAAUGUUAAAUAAUUUAAAACGCUUAGAAUAUCAAUUGUUUAAAGUCUUAUUUUUAAAUAAAAUGUAUAUAUUUGUUUAUUCAAAAUUUUAUACAAAUAGACUUGGUUGCAAAAAGUUGGACAUUUCAUUAGUGUAAUCUGAUCUUAAAGUACUAAAAAUAAUAUAUUUCUAAUGAUAAUUUUCUUUAAUUUCCGAGUUUGCUCUCGGUGGAAAGCUCUAUGAUAGAAAACAAGAUCCGUCCUAGAUUUGAAUUUACCGACCUUGACUAUUUUUACAAUUUUAAAAUUUUAAUGUUUUAAGGCGUUUUCACAAUUUGUUUUAAAAGAAGAUAAAAUAAGUUUGUAGAAUAAGUAUACACCUUUAAAAUGU